UUGCCUCCUCCCAACUGCCUUUUAUUUGAUGAUUUAUUUUCAUUGUUAGAACGGCCAUUAGAGUAUCUGGUCAAUAUGCAACCUAAUGUAUCAUCUGUGAUGAAACGCUGAUGCAUUGAAACACUGAACGAGCCCCCCUCGUAAACCGGAUGGUGUUACACUUUAAAGUUUAGCAUUUCCUGUUGUUACACUUGUUAUUCCCUAAAAUGGCGAAUUUAGCAGCUGUUGUUGUUGCUGCCGCUGGUAGAGAUCCCGCCGUUGACCGUUCAUUGCGCUCUGUCUUUGUGGGAAACAUUCCAUAUGAGGCCACAGAGGAGCAACUGAAAGACAUUUUUUCAGAAGUCGGGCUUGUUGUCAGCUUUAGGUUAGUGUAUGAUAGGGAGACAGGCAAGCCAAAAGGAUAUGGCUUCUGUGAGUAUCAAGACCAGGAGACUGCCCUCAGUGCCAUGCGGAACCUGAACGGAAGAGAGUUCAGUGGCCGAGCUCUCCGUGUCGACAAUGCUGCUAGUGAGAAGAAUAAAGAAGAGCUCAAGAGUUUGGGGACAGGGGCCCCUAUCAUUGAGUCUCCCUACGGGGACAACAUAAUACCAGAUGAGGCUCCAGAGUCUAUAAGCAGAGCUGUGGCCAGUCUGCCCCCAGAGCAGAUGUUUGAGCUCAUGAAACAGAUGAAGCUGUGUGUGCAAAACAGUCCCCAGGAGGCCAGGAACAUGCUGUUGCAGAACCCCCAGCUGGCCUUUGCCCUGCUCCAGGCCCAGGUGGUCAUGAGGAUCGUAGACCCUGAGAUCGCCUUGAAAAUGCUUCACCGUCAAACCCCAGUGCAGCCAUUGGUUCCCAACAGUCAAGCUGGACCAGUGCCAGUGGCCAACCAGCCUAUUCCACCGCCCAACGCUCCUGUCUCCCAGUCACAGCCAAUGCCGGGCAUGCACAUGAACGGAGCCCCCCAGAUGAUGCAGCCCCCUCCCAUAGGUGGAGGACCUGGGCCCAUGCCAGGGCAGGGACUAGUGGGACCACCAGGACCAGGUGGUAUCCCCCCCAGAGGCCUGCUUGGCGACGGCCCCAACGACCCCCGAGGAGGAACCCUGCUCUCAGUCACAGGAGAGGUCAUCGAACCCAGUCGGGGAGGAGCCUUCAUUGGCGCCCCCCCACCACACCAGGGGCCCCCCAUGCACAUGAACCAGAUCGUUGGCGGGCCUCCUUCGGACAUGAGGCCACCUCACGACAUGAGAGGACCCCCCAUGGGUGAACCCAGAGGCAUGAUGGGAGAGCCCCGGGGGCCCCCCAUGGGUGAACCCAGGGGCAUGAUGGGAGAGCCCCGGGGACCCCCCAUGGGUGAACCCAGGGGCAUGAUGGGGGAGCCCCGGGGACCCCCCAUGGGUGAACCCAGGGGCAUGAUGGGAGAGCCCCGGGGACCACCCAUGAUGGAGCCCAGGGGACCCCCCAUGGAGACAAGAGGUCGUGACCCCAGAGCGGUGGACACCCGUGGACCAGUGUCAGGCCAGAGGGUUCCCAUCUCCCAAGGAAUGCAGGGCCCCCCCCCUCACUCCAUGAAUCCUAAUGCCCCUCCAACUGCCAGACCGGGUCCUGGUGUACCACAGUCUGGAGGUAGCUUCAGCCCAGGGCAAAGCCAGGUGACCUCACAGGACCAUGAGAAGGCCGCCUUGAUCAUGCAGGUGCUGCAGCUGACCCCAGAACAGAUUGCCAUGCUGCCCCCAGAGCAGAGGCAGAGCAUCCUCAUCCUCAAAGAGCAGAUCCAGAAGACCGCCGGGGCACCCUAAAGAACAACCAACUCCCUGUCCUCUAAUGUCGACGUCACCACAUCCUAAUUUGAAACAUUUUGUAGAUUGUUUUGUAUUAUAUUGUCUUUUUUUAAUGGAAGAUUAAAAGAAGUGGUUGUGAUUUGAAGAAUGUCAGUUCAUCUUCAAAUGGCAACACUUCAACAGAAGUAUUGCCGGAUGUUCUGGGUUUUUAUAUUGUCUAUCAAUAAAAGACGAGAACAAUUUCAGUACUGUAUUUUAUUCAGAUGGGAUGUUGGUAUGUACAGGAGAGGAUUUAAAGUGUCAUUGUAGAUUAAAAUAAACUAUUUGCUCAUAAAAAGGACAUACAAAUGAAGUGAAACAAUUGUGUAGAUUGAGGGGGUACACUGAGUGGAAGAGUCCUUGGAAUUAUUUUGUAAAUGUGAGGAAAGUACAUGUGUAUACAUGCUUCAUAGGAUUGUUGACUCAUUUGUUCUAGAACAGAUUAUGUAGCUUUGACUGGCAAUGCCUCGCCCUCAUUUAACACUUCAGUGCACCUGUAUCGUUUACAAGGAAAUGGAUAUACAAUAGGGCUUUUGUAAAAACAUUGCUAUCAUUUCCUUCUCUGUAGCUACACCUUGAAAGCGUGACACUCAAAGGCCUCAGUGUCAUGUUCAGAUUGAAGAGCCAUUGUUGAUUCUUUAUUCUACACUGAAUAAAACAUAUUUAAAGUGUU